AUGAUAAAGAAGCCUAAUGGGAAAUGGAGAAUCUGUAUUGAUUUCACAGACCUCAACCGAGCCUGCCUCAAAGACAACUUUCCUUUGCCGAGGAUCGACCACCUCGUUGAUUCCACCACAGGGUACGAGCUGUUUAGCUUAAUGGAUGCCUUCUCUGGAUAUAACCAAAUAAAGAUGCAUGAUGAGGACGAGGAAAAUACUUCAUUCAUCACUGAGCAAGGCACCUACUGCUACAAAGUCAUGCCCUUCGGCCUUAAGAAUACCGAAGCCACCUAUCAACGGCUUGUGAACAAGGUUUUCAAGCAUCAGAUGGGAAGAAACGUUAAAGCCUAUGUAGAUGACAUGGUUGUGAAGAGCCUAAUGGUAGACCAACACACCUCAGACCUAGCCGAGACCUUUACCACUUUGCGGAAGUAUAACAUGAAGCUUAAUCCCAACACGUAUGCUUUUGGCGUCACCUUGGGCAAAUUCUUGGGCUUCGCCAUCAUGCAAUGGGGUAUUGAGACCAACCCAGAGAAGAUUCAGGCUAUACUUGACAUGGCACCACAUCGGUCGAUCAAGGAGACGUAG